AUGGAUGAAUUUGGUAAUAAAGUUGAAGAUGGAUUUUACGUCGGAGAUGCUGUUUUAGGAAAACUCUACUCACUCAAGGAAUUCUCAACUAAACAAGAACUCGAGAUAUCCCUUCAAGCCUUAACAGAAAUAGAUCAUCGGUUAGCCUAUUUUUCCGAGAAGCUGGUGAAUUUGCAUGUUCUCUAUAUUUAUCUGCUAGCCCGAGAAAAUGAUCUUGAAGAAAUGGACUCGAAGAAUACCUGCAAUUUAGAAACCUUGUUUGAGAAGGCAAUGGCGUUUGAUCUAUUGUCUGGCGUUUUGGAUUCUGAGGUAAGAGUGCUCGACAAUUUCAUGGACACUCUACAUGAAGAAAUUGUUGAUGCUCAUCGUAAAAUAUUGUCGUGCAGACAUUUCACCGAGGUUUUCUUUAUAAUGGAUGAAAAAUUGCAUGAUUUUGAAGAGUCUGCCAAGCAAGUUCAACAGCAGUUAUUAGAGUUAAAGAUUCAGGUGCCGCAGCUACAGAAUAGUCUUGCGCCUUUUCAAGAUGAAUAUUCGAAUACAGGGAAGGCAUUGAGUUUAUCAGAAAACGGUCAACUGUUAGACGUGAAAGUGAAAUCGAACGAUCAGAUGGCAAAACAACGAAAAUAUAUUCUGCGAAUGCUUGAGAAGUCGCUUGCAAGGGAGAUAGAUCUUGAAAAGAAGUUAGCAGAUUCAAGAAAUAACGAAGAACUAAAGAUGAAACUCCACUACGCAGAACAAGUGGCAUUUUAUAUGGAAGAAACAGCAGAAGUUGUUUGGGGAAGAUUCCUUGAGGCAGACAAUGCGACGGAGGUGUUAAUGGGAAUUUCGAAAGGUAUAAUGGGAUGUCUCCAAGUAACUGAGUUCAACCUCAACAGUUCUAUACAACGCGAAAACGAGCUAAAAUCAAAAUUUCAAAAUUUAAUCGAAGAACUGAAGGUUAAAGAUGUUGCUUUAGAGAACCACGAGAGACUUAGUGCUAACGUCGACGAUGUUCAAAAAAAUUCCGAGGUGAUUGCUUUGAGGGAAAAUGUGAGAAUUCUUGAAGAAAGAAAGAAGGAUUACGAGGUUCAGAUUAAUUCGUUGACUGAAGAGAAUGAACAACUUCACGAACAACUUAUUGAAAUCGAAAAUUUUGCUGAAACUCUAAAAGAAAGCAUUGACAUAACAGAAAGUCGAGCUGAGAGUGCUGAAGAAAAAGUCACGCAGUUAACCGAAACAAACAUGGAGCUUACCGAGGAGCUGGAUUUUCUUAAAGCAAGUGCUAGUACGGCUGAGAAAAAAGUCGGUUUACUUGAGAAGCAAGUAAGGGAAUUAGAUAUCCAACUACAGAACGGGAAAGUAUCUUCUGAAGCAAGUCAAGAACAGCAGAAUAUGUUAUACACAGCAAUAUGGGAUAUGGAAAUAUUAAUCGAAGAUCUGAAAUCUAAGGUUUCAAAAGCUGAAAGUAAUAAAGACAGUGCAGAAGAAAGAUGCAUUGUGCUAUCUGAAACCAACAUAGAACUUCAUGAAGAGUUGGAUCUUCACAAGUCCAGAAUGGUUAGUCUGAAAACAUCUAUGGAUGAAGCUAGCAAUACGAAAUUAUUGAGUAUAAAAGAAGUUGAUACGAGAACCAAGUUAAUCAUGGAUAUGGUAAUUCAACUAGCCGCUGAAAGGGAGCGCAUCAAUAAACAGCUAGAUUGUUUAAAAAUGGAAAAUAAAAGUUUGGUUGGAAAGUUAAAGGAGACUCAAAUUGGCGCAUACAACAAUGGACAAAGUAAUAGAAAUGAAGCUCAAGCUUUCAACAUUGACUCAAUCAGGGAUGAAGAACGAAUAGAACACUUGAAAAAAACCUUUCAGGUGGGUGAACGAUCAGAAAUAGCAAACUCGGAAACUCGAGCAACAUAUUCUGUUUCAGCAAAUAAAUUUGCAAUUUUUAUUCUUCUGAUCUCUGUGUUAGUCUUCUGCUUGUUGGAUGAAAACAUGUUUUCUUUUCUCAAAGGUCUUUACAGCUAA